AUGACACCCCCUCCUAAGCCUCCCCGUGUUGAAGUCAACAACCUCUCAUACACUUUUCCCGACUACUCGACUGGUAUCAACAACAUCACUUUGGAUCUUCCUCCGCGGUCUCGAACACUUCUGAUCGGUGCUAAUGGAGCCGGUAAAACAACCCUGCUUCGUCUUCUUGCCGGCAAACGUCUUGCGCCCAGUGACACCAUCUCUAUUUGCGGUGUAGAUCCUUUCAAGGAGGGUCUUGAGGGUGUCACUUAUCUUGGUCUGGAAUGGGUUCUUAACCCCAUUGUUCGAACCGACAUCGGCGUCAAUGAAUUGCUUCGCUCUGUUGGUGGCGAUGCAUACCCUGAUCGACGAGACGAGCUCGUCGCGAUGCUUGACGUCGACACCAAUUGGCGUAUGCAUGCUGUUUCAGAUGGUGAGCGUCGUCGAGUCCAGCUUGCCAUGGGUCUGGUGAGACCGUGGACCGUUUUACUUCUGGAUGAGAUCACAGUCGAUCUCGAUGUUCUGAGCCGUGCUGAGUUUCUGGCUUGGCUCAAGCGUGAGACAGAGAUUCGAGAAUGUACCAUUGUCUACGCUACUCAUAUUCUGGAUAACCUUGCCGGUUGGCCUACUCAUCUUGCCCAUAUGCAUCUUGGAACUGUCAAGGAGUGGGACGAGGCUGACAAGAUGCUCGCCACCAUCGAUGGUACUGUGGGUGCCUCUGGCAAUAGCCGUCUCGGAGAGCUCGUCCUGAGCUGGCUUCGAGAGGACUUGAAGGAGCGAGGGCCACGGAGCAACAUGAAGCGUGGCCCCGAAGGCAAGACCUACGGCUUUGGAGGCAUCCAGAUCGGCGGUUAUGGCGACGAGUCUAAGCAGCGCGAAGCAUAA